AUGGCGCCACCAGUUUUGCGUCCUGAGAAUGCUCUCAAAAGAGCCGAGGAGCUGAUUUCGGUCGGCGACCCUUUGGCUGCGCUGCAAUCGCUUUACGCUUACUUGUCGAUGAGAAGAAUCCGUUUCGCACAACCUCAAUCUCUGGAACCCAUUGUAUUCAAAUUCUUAGAAUUGGGUGUAACCUUGAAGAAGGGAAAGAUCAUCAAGGAUGGUUUACAUCAAUAUAAGAAGAACAUGCAGAUUAGCCCCGAGGGGUUGAGCUCUGUGGGUGUUGUCUCGCGUAAGUUUAUCGAUUUGAUCGAAGUUAAGAUCGCUGAAGAACAAACUAAAGCCGAUGAAUUGGAACAGAACGACGCUGAUGAAGAUUUAGAAGGUGGUGUUACUCCAGAAAACCUCUUGAUUUCUGCUGCUGAAGAAGAGCAAUCUGUUGCUGGGUUUAACGAUGAAGCCCUCACCUCGUGGUUGAGAUUUACAUGGGAAUCGUACCGUGCCGUUUUGGACUUGGUCAGGAACAACUCGCAGCUAGAACUUACGUACUCUGGUGCGGUUAACAGAACCAUGAAUUUUUGUCUGAAAUACAACCGUAAAAACGAAUUCAAGAGACUAGCCGAGAUGUUGCGUCAACAUUUGGACUCUGCUAAUUACCAGCACAAGUACAACAACUAUACUGUCGAUUUGUCUGAUGCAAGCACUCUCCAGCGCUAUCUAGACCAACGUUUUCAACAAGUGAACGUUUCUGUUAAGUUGGAAUUGUGGCACGAAGCUUUUAGAUCAAUUGAAGAUGUUCACCAUUUGAUGGCCAUGUCUAAGCGUUCUGCAAAGCCCCCUGUUUUAGCUAACUAUUACGAGAAUUUGGCGAAGAUCUUUUUCGUCUCUGGUAACUAUUUGCUUAAUGCUGCCGCCUGGGAGAAGUUUUACAAGUUGUAUUUGACCAAUCCAAAGGCCACGAAACAAGAUUUCCAAUUCUAUGCUUCGACUUUCAUGCUAGCUAGUCUCUCUAUUCCAAGUGAUGAGCUUCCAGUGGUUGGAUUCGAUCCAUUAAUUCGUUUGUGCAACUUAUUGAGCUUGGAGUCCAAGCCAACCAGACAACAACUAAUUGGUGCUGCUACUGAGGAUUCCGUUUUCUCUGAAGUUGACGACGAGGUAAAGCAAUUGCACUCUCUACUUGGUGAAAAAUUCGACAUUAAGACAAUCAAGGAUGAACUUACCCAAUUGCUACCAGCCUUAGAAGCUAAGGCUUACUUUCAACAGUACGCUGUUCCCUUGAGAAACUUCAUCAUCAAAAAGUUGUUCAUUGGUAUCUCAGAGGCCUACGAGACUAUCGAAUUCGAAGAAUUAGUCUCUAUGGUAACGCUACCAGGUCCAUUCAACUUAACACGCCUACAAAUCGAAAAAUCUUUGAUGCAGGCGGCUAUGGAAGAUUACGUGACUUUUACCAUUGACCACGAAGCUGACGCCGUUACUUUCAGCAAGGAUCCAUUUGAGGCCUUGGCUGCUGUUGCUGGUGCUUCUGCACUCGCGGAAGACGUUGAAGAAGACGAAGAGUCAGAGGACGCUGCCAAGACACCCGAAGGUGAAGAGACCGAAGUUGAAAACGAACCUGAGCCAGUGGUGACCCGCAACGCUGCUAUCCGCGCUCACUUGAGCGAUUUGGCCAAACUACUAAAAGAGGUGGAGGGCUUCGCCGAUGGUUCCUACAUGUAUAAAGUAAAGGUUGCUCGUGAGAACUUGAUUCAACAAUCCAAUGAUACAAUUGCUCGCGAAAGAAAGGCCGCUGAGGAAAGAGCCAAGCAAAUCGAAGAGAGAAAGAAGGGCGAGUCUGGUAAGUACCUUACUGCCGAACAGGCUGCCGAAGACAGGUUAAGACGCAUGAUGGAAGAAAAAGCUGCUGCUGAUUCGAGAAUGGAAAUUGAAGCCAAGCGUCGUGCUGAAGAAAAGUUGGAGCGUGAAAAAGCCAUGGUUAGAGAGAUGGAAAUGGUUAAAUUGAUUGAAGAAGUCAACGCCAAGGGUAUUAUCCACAUUGACCCUAAGGAUUCCAAGACUAUGACUGCAGAGGACAUUAGAAGAAUGACAAUUGAGCAGCUGUCAAAGGAUAAGAAGGAUCUAGAAGACCGUAUGAGGCACGCCUUUAAGAAAAUUGAUUACAUGGAAAGAGCAUUGAGAAAGGUUGAGUUGCCAGCUUUGGAGAAGGAUGCUGAAAAGCAGGAAUCUAGAGACUUAGAGAACUAUAACAAGAUGAAGACUAGACUGAUGGAGGCAGCCAGGAAAGAACACGAGGAGAACACUAAGUUGCACGAGCGUUUGGCGAAGAUGAACGAAGACUACAAAGCUUUCAAGGCUAACCUUGUAUCCACGAGAGGAGCUCAGCUGGCAGAAUUACGUGCUCAAAACAUCGCUAACUUUGAGGCUGCAAAGAAGGCCCGCAUCGACAAAAUCCGCCAAGAACGCUACGAACAGCUUGUUGAGGAAAGAAAGGCCGAGCUCAAAGCUGAGGAGGAGUCCGCACGUAUCGCCAAGGAGCGUGAAGAACGUCUCAGAGUUAACAAGGAGAAAGACGAGCUGUACAUCAAGCAAAGAGAAAGAGAAGAAGCCAUUGAGAAGCAACUUUCGUCUCAAAGAUCUGCACCUGCCGCAGCACCUGCAGCAGCAGCUCCUGCAGCUCCAGCUGGCAAGAUCUCUUACGCUGAGAGGAUGAGGCUGAGAAGACAAGGUAUUGAAGUUCCUGAUGCUGAACCAGUUAAUAGAACUCCAGCACCAGUUGCAGCACCAGCACCAGCACCAGAACCAGUUGCAGCACCAGCACCAGCACCAGUCGCAGCACCAGCACCAGCGCCGGUCGCAGCAUCAAUCCCCGCACCUGACGCGACUCCCGCAGCUAAAAAGGAGUUAUCUUUCGCCGAAAAAAUGAGGUUGAAGAGAGCCCAAAGAUAG